GCCAUCGCUGGCCGCUGCUAGGUAGACUGAACUUGACUUAGAGCUAACGGUAGCUGAAGCUUAACGACAUAUUGCAAAUUUUAGUCACUGACUUUAAGCCGACAUCAACAGUUGAUCUCUGGUCCUCUUCGAUGGCAUAGACCAGGCGCUGGAAAUCGAAAAACAAUAUCCCCAAAAACCAAACAAAAAAAAAAAACAUUGAUUCCGAAUUUGCAAAAAGUAAACGAAAAACAAGCUAUUGUUUGUCAAGUGAUAUUCGGUGAUUGUCAUGCAAUUUUGAAUGACGGAAAUAAAAAUAGAAAAAAAGAAUUGUAAAACCAAAACAAAUACUGUGUAAAAUAAAAAAAUAUUGUAAAUAUUCGAAUAUCAUGCAAUUGUGAAAAUAUAAAGUUCCUAGUAAAAAAUAAAGUUUGGGAUAGAAUUAUUAAAUAAUACCAAAACCAGAAAGGUGAAGCGGAGCCCAAACAACGUUGCCGAGUUUAAAACAUCAAACAGCAAUUUCAAAGUAAUUAAUUAAAUAUUCAAAACAAUGGUCGCCUCAAAUGAGCCGUCGAAGGCUCAGGACCAGAUUUGCGCAACAGAAACGCCCACACCAUUAACAUGGCGAGAAAAAAUGCAAAAGGUAAUCAAAAAUAUAACAGUGGAACCCAUUGUGGCAGCCUAUAUUAUGCCAAGCGUGUUAUCCAAUUUGGCAACGCAAAAUUUGAAUUUAGAAAAGGCGUGUCGGGUCAACAUGAACUACGGCGACGAGGUGUGUGAUGCCCUGACAAGAAGAGAAACAACAAAUUAUACGAUGGAAGAAGAAACCAUUCAAAAAAUGGUUGCCCAUAUGGUGGCCUGGAAAACUGUGAUACAAUCCCUGUUCCCGUGUCUGUUAAUUCUUUUCUGGGGUUCAUGGAGCGAUCGUCAUCAUCGUCGGAAACCCUGUAUCCUUAUACCGAUUGUGGGUGAAUUUUUGGGAACCGUAGGUCUCAUAUUGUGUGUUUAUUUCAAAGAGACGCCAAUGGAGGUGGCGGGUUUGACAGAGGCCAUAUUUCCAUCGCUGAGUGGUGGCUGGUUUGUCAUGCUAAUGGGUGUGUUUAGUUAUAUUGCCGAUAUAACAACGGAAGAGGAACGUACGCUGCGUAUUGGUAUAUUGAAUGUAUGUUUUUCGGUUGGUGUGCCAAUUGGAACAGCUCUCAGCGGAGUACUAUUGAAGAAAAUUGGCUUCUAUGGUGUUUUCUCCAUUUCGGCUAGUUUAUAUGUGGUCUCGUUGUUUUAUGGUUUCUUCUUUUUACCCGAGCCCCGCCCACGUUGCAUACAACCUGAAAGUAAACAUAAACCGAGAAACCUCUUGGCUGAUUUCUUCGAUAAAGAACAUGUGGUUGAGACCUUCCGUGUAGCGUUUAAGAAAGGCGAAAACAAGAGAAGGGCCCGUGUUAUUUUACUAAUGAUUGUUGUUAUGGUUGUCAUUGGACCAAUUUAUGGUGAAAUGAAUGUCAUGUACCUGUUCACCCGUUAUCGUUUCAAUUGGAAUGAAGUUGAUUUUAGUGUUUUCAACACGUUUGCUGUUGUAACUGGUCUUGUAGGUGUCCUUUUCUGUGUUGGCAUACUUUCGCAUAAGCUGAAGCUUGAUGAUGCUCUCAUUGGAGUGCUUUCAAGUACAUCGAAGAUCUUGUCGGGAUUUGUUUAUGCCUUUGCCACCUUACCAUGGCAUAUGUAUGUGGGAGCUAUUGUGGAAAUAUUCAAUGGAACUUCAUUCAUAGCAAUGCGUUCAAUGGCCACCAAAUUGGUGUCCAAAGAUGAACUGGGUAAGGUGAAUUCUCUGUUUGGUGUUGCUGAAGCUCUUAUGCCGGUGGUGUAUGCUCCCAUGUAUAGCACCCUAUAUGCGGCGACAAUUAAGGUAUUCCCAGGAGCUUUCUAUAUACUCGGCGGUGCAAUCACCAUAUUGGCUGUGAUAAUAUUUUUAUGGAUGUUCAACUUCCAACGCCAACAGCUGCGCAAACAAAAAUCCCUGGACACCGCCGAGGCUUGUAAGCUUCCAGCGAAUAGCAAAGAUCCUAAUGGUAAUAUUAGUACCAUUGAUGCCAUUGCCUUGGCCUCGGAGGCCAAGGGUCAUUUGAAUGGCAUAGUUAGCAAUGUUUUGCACGAACAUAUCUGUGAUCACAGUUGUCUAACCGAGGGCAGCACCUGUCAAAACGGUGGCGUGGACAAUAAGGCAUUUAUGCCCGAUGUUGUGGAGAGUGCCGCCGAUGCCAAGUCGGAAAAUAAUACGCAUUUAUAAAUAAGCAAACAAAACAAAAUUAGCCAAUAGUGUAUUCUUAGUAUAUAAACAAAAAAUUACAACAUUUUUAACGACACAAGUUCACGAGUCCAAUAAUGAAAAAAUGAGUGAUAUAAGUAUUGUUUAUAUAUACAUUCGUUUAUAUAUAAAUAUUCCGGGUAUUGCUGUGCUUUAUAACACAAUGUGAUUUGAAUAUAAAAUAAUGUUUUUUUCCUAAUUUUAAUUAAAAAUUGUAUGAACGCAUCUAUAGAGAAUAAGAACAUUACUUUUGUGUAGAGAACAGGUUCGUAUUUUUUGUAAUAAAUUCCAAUAUUUUCCAAAGUCACUUCUCUAAAGCAGCUAUUUUUCGCUGAACCCCUAAUGUUUUAUGUCCCAUUAUUGUUUAUGUUUAAUAUUUUAGGUUAGGAAUUGUUAAAUCACGUCUCUACGUUAUACAUAAAUAAAAUAAAUUCUAAGAAAUCGAUCUAAAGAAAUAAAAAUUGUAAUUAAACAUAUAAAAAAACUAAAUUAUGAAUUAUUCAUCAACGGUCAGCCAAUAACCUUUCAGUUAGCACAAGCCUUAAAAAUGCUUAAAUCGGCUGGCUGUUAAAUCAUUCUUGGACCUAUACGACCCAUUUACAGUACAAAAAGUUCAUAUGGACCUGAAAUAAUUGUGAGUUAAUUUUUUCCACCAGCAGCCGGAGCAAUCUAAGCUAAAGACAAAAUGCUUCAUAUCUUUCUAACUACAGAACUGUUAUUCAAGUUUGUUACGUACAAUUAAAAGAAUUGAAUUUUGAAUUACUUAAUUAGUCUAACAACAAAUCUAUGGGAAAGAGUAUUUUUCAAUAACAUUCUCAUUGGAGUCUCUCUAUUCUCAAUUCGUGGAUUCGCGUUCUUAAUGUUUAUGUUUUAUUUGAUACAAACAGUG